GGCCUCAUGCUCAUCCCUAGAGAGAUCACAUUUCAUGGAAUGCGUAACUAUUUUAUAGUACUAUAUUUUUCAUUUAACCGAACAACCAAAUUUUUGUUAACCCUGCUUCCCUCCAUAAAAUUUUUUUUAGUAAGAAUUGACACAAAUUUUACGAAAAAAAAGUUAUUGAGUAUAUUGAAAGUAAAAUAAAAGAUGGUUAAGUUCUAAUGAGAAUGAUAAAAAAAAUAUUAUAAUUACAAUCUAAAAUAGAUAGGAAUUUUUUUUUGUAAACGUUUCAGAAAUGAAAAAUAGGAAAAUUUUUCGUAGAUUAACUAAAAUUAUUUUAAAUUCACUGCAUUUAGCUAUUUGACAAUUUUAAAUUUGGCAGCGAAAUCUAAUUUGACAUUAGUCGAAAUUUUGACUUAUUAACUUCAAGUGUGUUUUUUGAUAUAUACGAGAUUAAUUAAGAUUAUGUUUAAUUCAGUUUUUAUAUUUAGAAAAAAUAUUUGAGUAGGAAAUGACUAAAAGUAAAAUAAUAAUUAAUUAAUAAAGUAGUAGUCCAUAUAUUUGAAGGAGCAUGGUGAUGCAGUGUAUCCCUAUAAUCUAUAUAUAGCGAAGUUGUAGAUAUGAAGGGGGUGCAGUGCAGCAGGUCCGGAAAUAGAGUUGUCCUCGUCCAUAGACAAAACAUGGCGUUCCAGGACCACCACGAGCUCUCCCAACAGCAAAUCCCCCUUCAGCUCCCCCGCUACUCCGAUCACCACCACACCUUCCCCUCGCCGGAGGACAAGCCCUCCACGUGGCUCCACCACCAGUGGCUCCCCACCCAAAGUCAACCCAGCCCCCCCGACAACAGCGAUCACCGCCAGGACAGCGGCGACAGCAACGACGCCGCCUGGGAGAAGGAGCGGUGCAAGGCCGACAUCCUCUCCCACCCUCUCUACGACCAGCUCCUCUCCGCCCACGUCGCCUGCCUCCGCAUCGCCACUCCCGUCGACCAGCUGCCCAAGAUUGACGCCCAGCUCGCCCAGUCGCACCAGAUGCUCGCCAAGUACUCUGUUCUCGGACACGCCCACCAGCCCCUCCACGACAAGGACCUCGACCAUUUCAUGACGCAUUAUGUUCUCUUGUUGUCCUCGUUUAAAGAGCAACUCCAGCAGCAUGUCCGAGUUCAUGCCAUGGAAGCAGUCAUGGCUUGUUGGGAGCUUGAGCAGUCACUGCAAAGCUUGACAGGGGUAGCACCGGGUGAAGGUACAGGGGCAACCAUGUCCGAUGAUGAUGAGGAGCAGGCAGACAGCGAGAUGAACUUGUUUGAUGAGAGUCUGGAUGGAACGGAUAGCAUGGGAUUCGGCCCUCUCGUGCCCACUGAAAGCGAGAGAUCUCUGAUGGAGCGCGUGAAACAAGAACUGAAACACGAGCUCAAACAGGGUUAUAAGGAGAAGAUCUUCGACAUCAGAGAAGAAAUAUUGAGAAAGCGGAGAGCAGGAAAACUGCCCGGUGACACUACAUCCAUGUUGAAAGCUUGGUGGCAAUCACAUUCCAAGUGGCCAUAUCCAACAGAGGAAGAUAAGGCAAGACUAGUGCAGGAAACUGGAUUACAGCUCAAGCAGAUUAAUAAUUGGUUUAUCAACCAAAGAAAAAGGAAUUGGCACAGCAAUCCUUCUUCUUCAUCUUCUUCACAGAAAAGCAAGCGCAAGAAUGCUGCAGGUGACAAAAACAACAACUAAUUAACCAGGGGUUUGGUGGAUGAAGCAACAUACAGUUUACAUAUUUAGGUUGUUAUAGCAUUAGACGUCGAAACCUGCUCGAUUUAAGGAUGAGGUACCAGUUAACAACAACAAUUCAGCUCAUGGUUUAGACUUCUACUAGUGUUAGUGUUGAGAUAGCUGAGGGUAUAUUGGCUCAUCUCUGCAUCAAAAUUGUCUUUUGUAUAAAAAUCUGAUUUUGAGGCCCUGCUUAGAUAAUUAGAUAAUCACGAAUCAACCACAUUUUACAAAA